AUGGACACUGAAUUUCCUGCCUGCUAUUAUCAGAUUAGAGAGCUAUGGGAUGAGGAAAAUCUUUCUCGCUAUGAGCCAGACGGGUACCACCCCGUCCACCUUGGAGACCUCUUCAAAGAGGGACUAUCUAAUCGCAGGCAACAUCAGUGGGUCUCCCUAAAGAUCCUAACAGCCGCUGAAACCGAGUCCCGAGAGGCGCAAAUGCUACGUGCGCUGCAAAAGGACAGCUCCAUACAGCAUGUUGUCCGUUUACUAGACUCGUUUGUACACGCAGGACCUAAUGGCAAUCAUCAAUGUCUCGUGCUGGAACUGCUCGGCCCUAGUGUCGGAUAUGUUGUCAGCUGUGAGUACAACGAACCUGGAGAACGCCUCGAGGUGGCUGCUAUUUUGAGAAUCACCAAGCAACUGCUUCAAGCCCUUGCAUCACUGCACAAGGCUGGAUAUGCACAAGGAGAUGUCAGCGCGCGCAAUAUUGCUUUUACCGCCUCUUGUUUCGAAGACUGUUCCGAAGAACGCCUGACUGAGAUCAUUGGGCCUCCAAAGACUGAAGAACUGCGUCCAGUCGACGGCGAGCCCUUGAAGGAUAGCUUACCCAAAUACCUCGUGGAAAGCACAAGAUGGGACGACUGGUUGGAAGAGGACAAUGAGGACAUCUGCCUUAUCGACUGGGGUCAAGCGUUUGCUCGAGGCGCCGAGCCUGCCAAAAUCGCACAGCCGUUUGGCCUGAACGCACCCGAGACCGUGUUUACUCCACACAUCGACUACAGAAUAGACCUGUGGCGUGCUGGAUGGAUAAUUUACUUUCUUAUAUUUUCUCAAAAACCGUUCCUAGCAUAUGGGAUUGACGGUUUGAUCGGUAAUAUGAUUGACUUCAUUGAAGAGUUGCCUACGGAAUGGCGACCAAAAUGGGAGGAAAUAAAGCGCACCACCCGAAACGGUUUGGACCACAUAUUAGAGGAUGAAAAGCAGGAAGUACCACGACUGGAGCAGAAGUUUCGUGACAGCAUUCAUGAUCCAGAGCUUCAGGGUUUGCUACCUAUCAUGCAAGGACUCAUGAGGUUCCUGCCUGAAAACCGAAUUUCGGCUUCGGAUGCGUUGAAGUUGCUCGAGGAAUCACCGGUUCAAAGCCAAGAUGAAAUCUAG